GUACACAAAUGGCGAGUAACUGCCGACAACGUCUACGGCAUUCCCGGCUGGUGCGGCGGCCUCUGGGAUAACAUGAAGAGCUUUCAGGGCGACUGCCCCAUUUCCGAUGCCUGGUGCGGAGGCGAGAACGGAUUGCUUGAGUGGAAGUUCACGACACCAAGUACCUGCGGUCCUGGUGCGGUCGAGGCCGCGUGGUGGGAGGCGACAAAGAAUGAGUUUGGGGCUAUUGUUUGU